GGCCCACGUUCAGCUGGUCGAGAUCGGCGCCGCGAUGGUGACCGUGGAUCUCGCCACGGCGCAGGAGCUCACUGCGCUGCGCAGGAAGGCGCUGGCCGAGGGCAGGUUCAGGUUCCCCUCACAGUGUCUCGACCACGACGAGCCCCUCGUACUGCAUGUCAACUACGCCCAUCACGUGACCUUCGCAGAUCCUUUCAUCAAAAUCAAAGACCACAAGCUGGACUCGUACAUCUACGAGCGCGUCGGGUCGUGUCGCUUUGACAACGAGUGGCUGGAAUUCGGCCACGAAUUCCUUCAGCAGACGGCUGGCUAUGGCGAGAGCCUCCUGGACUCCGAUGGCGAAGAACAAUUCUAUAGAGACAUGUACCCCGACAACUACAACUAUGAUUCUGACGACUACGCCUUCUCCAGCUCCGACCACGACGAAAAUGGUGGAGACGACGACUAGCUAUGUGACGAUCCACUCGACAAAGAUAUUUAAGAUGUGCUCUACGGCGGCCAUCGUUUAUACUGAGCCUAUCCUGGCUUGUGCUGCAGUCAUGUGAUACGAUGAGUGGAGCUGACCAGGUGGUGGACAAGCAACCUAGUCUUCUCAUUGUUCUAUUGUUCAUGCCAAAUGACGUCAAUGAAAUGAGUCAGAUGUUUUCUAGUUUAUACGUUUCAAAGGAUAUUUAAGUUAAGAAAUUUCGAUGCUAUAGCUAGUUUUUAAAUAGGGAGAAAUUCAUUUGAAAAUAAGGUGAAAUUCAGUUUGAUGAUUUAUAGUUCAAACCCGCCUUGUAGUAUAACACGUCUGUAAUUCAAGAUUCAUUCAAUUUCUUGUAGUUUUGUUUUCAGUUGGUUGUUUUUCUACUUCGACUCAAAAUUAAGGCCUGUCUUCUAAGAUAUUACUUAUCUGCCGUCCAACCUUUGGUUCUAUAGUCUAUACCAUAUCAAAAUCAUGGUUUGUCUCUGAGAUCUGCACUAACCUCGGUCAUGCGAUUGAUUCUCUAGGAGAAUCCUUCUUACCCUCUCAUCUUCUUCAUUACCGAAUUAAUAUGCUCCCAUUUUUUUUUCUUUUUAUUGUCUCACAUGAAAUCUCUUAUUUUUUUUUAAUUG